AUGUUGGAUGAAAAAUAUCGAGCCAAGGUAUCUGAUUUUGGAACUUCAAGAUCAGUAACGGUGGACCACACCCACUUGACGACGGUAGUUUCAGGUACAGUGGGACAUGUGGAUCCAGAGUACUUUCAGUCUAGCCAAUUCACAGAUAAAAGUGAUGUCUAUAGCUUUGGAGUGGUGCUCGUGGAGCUCAUUACAGGUGAAAAAUCAGUUUCGUUUCUGCGAUCUCAAGAAAACAGGACACUUGCAACUUAUUUCAUUCAUGCAAUGAAACAUAAUACACUCUUUGACAUCAUCGACCCACGAAUCAGAGAUGGCUGCAAGUUGAAUCAAGUGACUGCAGCUGCAAAAAUUGCAAAGAAAUGUUUGAAUCUGAAGGGGAGAAAGCGACCAAGCAUGAGAGAAGUGUCCAUGGAGUUAGAGAAUAUUCGCUCGUCUUCUGGAGAUAUGCAGUCACAUGAGUAUGUUAGAGAAAAUGAGGAAGAAAAAGAGGAAGAAGUCGUGCAAGUUAAUAUAGAGGUACAACCGUGGAACAAUGUAGCUGUUACUGCUCCAACGUAUCAAUCCAACGAUGCAUCAUCAUCUUCAUUGUGGUCAGAUGUUGAACCAUUGUUUCCCCUUCAGACACGAUAA